UCUGGGAGAGGAACCCAACUUCCUCUGCCACAGCGACGACCCGACUGAGCGCACACAGACUGUGUGUGUCAGCGCACCAUGGAGAGACCCAACGUUUCCACCUCCACCUUGGCCUUCGACCAGCACUUCACCACAACUGCCAAAGGAAUCCUCCUCCUGGCUGAGAUAGUGUUUGGCAUGCUGGUGUGGAUUCUGGUAGGGGGUACAGAGUAUUCUCAUCUGUCUGCUCUCUGCUGGGUGAUGUUUCUGGCCAUCUUGUGCUGGGUUCUGACAGUCUGCCUGUUUUUAAUCUACCUCACUGGGAUCCCCAACAGGAUACCACAGGUUCCCUGGACUACACUGUCGCUGUGUUUCAGCUGUAGUGCUGCAGCUGUGUACCUGGGGACAGCAGCAGUAGACACACUCUCAGUCAGCCAGGCCGUUAGGGGGCGACACAGCUACAACUGCUGGGCAGCAUCUGCAUUCUUUGCAUUUCUGAACACUCUGUGCUAUGCAGGAAGCAGUUACCUGAGCUACUGGGCCUGGAAAACCACAGAAGAACAAUAAUCUCAUUGCUUGCUGUUUGAAGACAACAAUGCUGAAGAACGGCCAGGAUGGAUGGAAAUCUAACUUCAUUAUGCUCUCAAGCUUUUGUGGACUCUGCAGAUAAAUCGUAGUAAUGUUGCAAUUAGUGAUGACAGUCAGUGCACAAAGCAGUAAAAUCUGACUCAAAAUGUACAGGCAAAACAUAUUUUCAGCAUGUUUGAGGUUGCAUGGACUGUAGCGUCACACACAUAUGAACGAGCAGUCAGCUGUGUACACUCUUGCACCCAGUAUCUUUGUUUCAUUUAACUCUAAAUGAAGCUGAUCCCUGAUGUUGGAAAAAAACAAACAAAAAAACAGGAUACACAAAUAAGAACAAAAGUUGUUUAAUUUUGCAUAAUGGUCACAAAAAAAGUUGUCACAAUUUUUUUUAAUUUAUUGAACAUUUCUGCAAUAAUUAAAAUUAUACAGAAAUAUAAAUCACAUUGUGAUUUGUACAUUCUGUUCCUUAUAAAUAUACUCACAUUGCCAGACCUUCUUCCACAACACAAAGAAAGCGGAAGGUAACGGGUCUCCGGCCAAAAAGAGGAACAUCCGGAGGAAUCCUGGAAGAGGAACGUUGUCCAUACAUUGCCUUAGAGUUUAGGGCCUUUGCGUUGUUUUAAGGUGCAAUAUAACUAAAGAGAUAACAAGUUACAACACUUACCUCUGCCACAAAAUUUGAUUGCUAGUUGGAAAUAAAAGUGAACAACAAAGUGGAAGUGAGAAUACUUGAUUCAUAAAUAGCUCUUUAUCUUUUAUAAUGUAUCACAUGCUUUGCCCCAACAUGAACCUGUGUCCACAUAAUCAUUGGAAAACUAAUUAUGCUGCAACUUCAUUGGCUGUCACUGAAUCCCACCAAAACACGAUUGGCCUACAACCAAGUUGCUUUUAUUUUGUUCAUUUAUUAAUUUUGCAUGAUAGCCAAAAGGUCACGAGAGG